CCGUAGAAAAAGAACUUCCGGUUGAGAAAACGAGCCAAAAUCGACACGAGCUAACGCACAAAACUUAAGGUUUAUCACGAAUUAACCAGGAAAUCCAGAGCUGCUGCAGAUAUGCUGCCUUUGUCGCUUUUGAAGACGGCCCAGAAUCAUCCCAUGCUGGUGGAGCUGAAAAACGGCGAAACGUACAACGGACACUUGGUGAGCUGCGACAACUGGAUGAACAUCAACCUGCGGGAGGUCAUCUGCACGUCCAGGGACGGAGAUAAGUUCUGGCGGAUGCCCGAGUGCUACAUCCGCGGCAGCACCAUAAAGUACCUGCGCAUCCCGGACGAGAUCAUCGACAUGGUGAAGGAGGAGGUGGUGUCCAAGGGGCGGGGCCGAGGAGGAGCCCAGCAGAACAAACAGCAGGGCAAAGGUCGAGGAGGCCCGGGCAGAGGAGUGUUUGGAGGCCGAGGUCGGGGCAUGAGCGGACCGGGCCGAGGGCAACAGCAGCAGCAGCAGCAGCAGCAGGAGAAGAAACCGGGAAAACCACAGGGAAUGAAGAAUCGGGACUGAAACCGGGACUAAACCAGGACUCCCCCUGGUCUGUGCACAGCGCCCCCUACAUCCUCAAGCACUGCAACUACAACACGAGGAGAACCACAGCACCUCCGUUAUCUUUGUGUCGUAAACGUCCACAGCGCUAAGACCCGACAGACGCGACGCCUCUUGGUUUUUCUAACAUUUUUAACUUUAUUUUCAAAGGUUCGUCUGAAUAUUUCCUCGUGUCGUUUCUCUAGAAUUGGCUCCGUCGUUGUUAAAUUUGCGAGAAAAAAACAACUCGAGUCCUGAGUGAAGAUCGUGGUGUUGAAAUAGACGGAUUAUAAAGACCUGAGUUGAGUUUGUCGCGUUUCAUUUGACUUUUGUAACUGGAAAAGUGUAAUUUAUUUACAUCACCGGAGAAUAAAUCACCUUUUGUUAAAAUGC